AAGUACCAAAUAUCCUCUCAAAAAAAGUGAAGUACCAAAUAAGCGACGUCGCGUAUUUACUUUCCGCUCUUAUCCUCCACUCCGAUUGUGUGCCCUAACCUAAUUAAUUUCUGUGUCUCUCUCAGAGCUCUUGCUGUCUCUAUCUUUCACUUUCCCUCGCUUUCUCCAGCCACCGUCGAUCGCCUCUUGCCUGUUACGACCACCACCACCACCACCACCAAAAGCUCUUUUGACUAGAUCUUGAUUGAUAAUCAAAGUCAUUGUAACCGCCACAAGGAUCACCAUUGUUUGUCAGAUAUGUUGCGUCCGCUGCUGCUUUAUCACCAGCUAUUUCAUUGCAAUUGCUCAGGUCAUAUUUGAUUUCCAUUCGACAGUUCAAUAGCUUCUAAAAUGAAACCAAGAAACAAUGGUGUGCCUAGAGCUCAGGGUUCAAAAAGUUGCCAGGGUGAGGGCUCAAAUUGGAUACUUAUUGCUGGUGGUGCCUUGUUAAGUAUGUUAUCGAUUCGCUUGGGUUACAGGCUGAAACAGGUGCUUGAUGCAAAGCUACCAGACAAUACUUGCAAUGGUUUGAAAGUGAAUGGAAAAUCUACAGACAGAAAGAAGUCAGGGAGUUGCCAUUUGCAGUCAAAUGGUUUUUGUUUUGCCCAAGAUGAGGACGGCUGCUUCAAUUACAUGUCAGGAACCCAAGGUGUGGUGGAGAUUAAGCAGCAACACAAUGGGCAAUUGACAGAACAGGAUGUGGCACUUCCUCUGGUGACAGUUGGUGCUAUGGAAUUUAACAAAGAGAAUGACAAUGGGAUAAUGUGGGCAUCGUCUCCAGACCGUCUUGAGCUGCCCCAGAAGCCAUUCCACCACUCAAACAGCUCAGACUCUCCACGUGUCUCAGAAACUGGUUCAGACGUCUUCAGCAAGAGAGAAGUUAUACAAAAACUGAGGCAGCAGCUGAAGAGAAGGGAUGAUAUGAUACUGGAGAUGCAGGAUCAGAUUGUGGAAUUGCAGAAUUCACUGAGCACUCACUCAUCUCGUUCUUCCCAUCUGCAGUCACUGCUGGAUGCUGCAAAUAGGGAUCUGCUUGACUCAGAGAGAGAAAUCCAGAGGCUGAGGAAAGCAAUUGCUGAUCAUUGUGUGGGUCAAGUGGGUCCUAACAACGACAAGCCUCCAACAGUCACGGCGGUACCAAUGUGGUCGCCAUCUGAAGGAGGAGGAGGCAGAAACGGAAACGGAAAUGGGAAUGGGUAUCAUCUUGACAUGAUGGGGAGCAGUUUGGAAGAGGAGAAGGGGGGAAGAUUAGGAGGAGAGAGGAUAGAGAUGCUGAAGAGGGAAGUGGUUGAGUUGAAGGAAGUGAUAGAAGGAAAAGAAUACCUUCUGCAGAGCUACAAGGAACAGAAGUCAGAGCUCUCUGGGAAGGUCAAAGAAUUGCAGCAGAGACUGGAUUCUCAGCUCCCAAAUAUUUUGUAGACACUCAGUCGCAGUUAUUGUCAUCGUCGUUGUCGUCAUCACCCUUGUGUAUUCUUUGCUUGGCUUUCUUUCAUCUAGGUUUUUCUGUCUUUUCCUAUUUGAUUGAUGAUUUGAGGUUCCAAAGUUUGGAACAGCAUCAUUCUGAUUUCGUUCCUUUUUGUAGCUUCAAUGUAUCAUGUUUGUUUCUUCUGUGUGCAUAUGUGAUGUGAACGUCGUGUGGAGAGAGAGAGCAGGUAGGUAGGUUGUUUAUACGGUUAUUAGUAACUUGUUUUAAGGUAAUACUCAAAAUUGAGUCUUUCAGCCAUAUAAAUUACAAAAUGUUUGCUUGGGAUGUA